GCCUCCACAGUGUCAUUUCGCCGAAUUUCCAGUGGCUUCUUCUCCGGCUCAUCGCGUCCCUUCGCUUGAAACGCGGUGUCGUCGAUUGCCGUAGAGAUGAAGGGACGGAGCCCGGGAGCCCGACGCGAUCGCCGGCCGCUGACGUCCGUGGCUAGUGCGCUGCCCAAACUGUAAAUACCCGAGAGGACGGCGGAGGGGAGGGAGGGAGAGAGGGGAGGAAGGACGGCGCGACAGCGUCAACAAAAGGCACAAUAUCUCCAAAAUAUAUUUGAAAUCGGAUGUCCGAGGGCUAGGAAUGUCGACCUUUAAAAAGACGACAUCUCAUAUACGGCAGGACCGGCGGGUAUCCGGCGAGGCGCGGCGUGCGGCAGACGCUUUCCGUACCCUCCACAGCAGACGGCUGGCUCCAGAAGAGCAACUCCAAUAUGAAUAUUAAUAGUACUAUUUGAGCCGGCAUCGGCCUUAUUUAUAUAUUUCAAGUUGCUUUUUUCAUUGAUUUCCUUUUCACGCUUACGGUGAGGAUGUGUCGGCUCCCCGGGACACGCCGGCAUGCCCUUUCAUUUGUGAAUGAGUCUUUAAGGGUAUUUUUGUUACGUCGCAAUGAAAUGCACCACGGAUCUGAACCGCAACUCUAACCGGACAUUAUACCAAUCGAUGAUAAAAAACAGAAACGUUUAGGUUCGUCUGCCUGCGGGUGGGAAGCUGCUUGGGCUGUUACAUGCAGGAUUAUAAAAUAGCUUAACCUUUUCCUUGCACUGUAUGUUGUUUAAGCAUAUUUUGAAAUAAGGGGGUUCUUCCUGUCCUCGCUUAUCACCUGCCUGCCCUGGAAAAUGCAUCAUCAUCAGCGUUUCGAAAUGUUUUGCUUGUUUUUACGACGGGAGGCACCUUGCGUUUUCCUUACAACAAUAUCGUUUAAUUAACAAGUGAAAUGCACGGUGUCAUCAGUGUCGGGAAUGACAUUUAAUCACUGGGGCUUGUGAUUUUCCCCCCCCUCCCCUGACUAUUAUUUCAUAGUAAAUAGCUAAACGGGAUUCCCGUACAGUAUCGCCGUGUUACUGCUGUGAAUAUAUAUAGUCGUGAAGAGAUUAAAAAAUCUCGCUCCUGUUUUGGAUGCGGAGUCAUCAGCCGCAAAAACACAGGUUCCCGAAACGGACGGGCCAUUCCCUGAGGCCCCUCCCACCAGCUCUUAUCUGAUUGGCCACAAUACCAUGAGCUCUGGCUCCGCCCAGGAUGUGGCGGUGGAGCGCUUCCUGCGUGAUAUCGAGAGGAGGGGCAAAAAGCUGCACUGCACUGUAAUUGGCCGAGAGGGGAGCGGUCCCCACGGCGACAUGAACCUGCUUUAUCGCAAGAGCCGGCUGGACUGGCGGCACCGCGACGCCGAUGGCAACAAGAAGAGCUCCAGCCCUAAGGACGCCUCAGCGACGGUGGGGAAGGUGCGUGACCUGGCCUCAUUUCGUCGCCAUUUUCGAAUGGGCUUCCUGACCAUGCCCGCCUCUCAGGACCUCUCCCCCCGGCCCUGCGCCUCUGCCAUGGCCCCCCGGUCGCAGUCCUGCCACUCCGUGGGCACAGGCAGUGACGACGGGGGCCUGGAGAACGGCGACUUCCCGGGGCCCCGCCCACCUUCUGCUGACCGCCGCCCCCCGGCUAAGCCCAAGCGCCACCCCAGCACCCGCCUGAGCUCACCCGCAGACCCCCGUGGUGUGGGGGCGCCCAAGGAUGCCCCGCCCCCACUGCCUGCUGCCUCACAGCUACCCGGUCAGCAUCUGGACAAGAGAAGUGCCAUGAGUAAGUCUGACUCGGGAGACAUGCUGGGCCGGAAGGUUCCACCGCUCAAGCCGAAACGGAGCCCAAACACCCAGCUCUCCUUUGAGCCCCCACCCCCCAGGGCACCGCCCCCACCUGCUCCGCUGUCCCGCCCCGCCCAGGAGAGAGCGGGGCCGGCGGAGGACACCGGCGAGGAGGAGGACGAGCCAGUGUACAUCGAGAUGGUUGGCCAGGUGUUUUCCCGGGAGAGUCGCGCCGUCACCCCACACCCUGCCCCCGGCCCCACUCCCCCAGCGGGGGCCACCACCCCCGACUCAGACUCGGAUCAAAGCGAGGCCAUCUAUGAGGAGAUGAAGUACCCCCUGGCGGAGGAGAGUGACCCACAUGCUCACCUCCCACACAGACACGAGCGGCUGCGGCACCACAAAACUGCCCACCCAAAGGCCGCACCUUGUGCCUCCUCGCCCCUCCCCCACCCCCCCUCGCACGCUAAGCCUAAAGCUGCAGUCUCCAUCUCCCACUCCUCCCCAUUACCCUCCUCCACCUCCUCUACCCCCGUUCCCACACCCCUCUCCUCCAGCCCUCAGCCCCCCCGUGCUCCCACCCCUUUUCUCCUCCCGGCUAACAAGACCCAGACGGACACCAGUAACAAGAUCCCGGCUCCUUUCCCCAACCUCCUGCAGCAUCGCCCCCCCCUGCUGGCCUUCCCCCAGCCUGCGGCCGCUUCCAGCGGAGUUGGGGCCCAGCUUAAAGCUGGGUCCUCUAAAGGGGCUCCCACCCAGGUCACCUGCAGCAUGACCCCCCCAUUGAGCACCUCCUCCAGCUCCAAACUCCCUGUCCUUCAGCUGGGCCCCAAAGACUCCUCUGGUGGUGGGGAGAGGCAAGCAGACAAGAAGGAGGCGCUGCUGGGCCCAGCCCCCGGGCUUCGGGCUCGGAGCCACUCCACCCCCCUGCCCCCAUCCUCCCAGUCCUCUUCGCACCACUACUCCCACCACCACUCCCACCGACCCCCCUCCCACUACCACCAUUACCGGCGGCCUGACAAGGAGCUGCCCACCUCCCACAGCAUGAAACUGGGCUCCCAGUCCUCAACGCAAACCCAGACUCCAGUUCAGGGUGGGAGCAAGGACGCCAAGGGCGUCAGCUUCUUGCUGAAGUCCGAGAAGCGGGACAGGGAGAGGGACACAGGGACCCCCGCAAGCACGGGGUCCCAGGCCACCCCCAGCGCCAAGGUCAGCUUGAGCUCUGCCCCCUCCCCUUCUUUCGUCUCCUCCUCCACCCAGCGUUCCUCCUCCCGGCCCCUGCUGCAGCACCCUCACUCCGCCCACCCUCUGUACCACGCCCUCCCCGCCUACCGCCCCCCCCCCUCGGACAGCCCGCUGCUAUGGACCUACCCCUCUGCAGCACUCAGGAGGCCUCCGGCCUACGACAGCUUGCGGGGCGGGGCUACGGACGGCUGUGCCCAACCCGCCCUGCAAGGGAAAAGCGGGAGCUUGUCUCGGGAUGGGGGCGUGUCCGGAGGCGGGGCCACAACAGACGAGGGAGCCUAUUGGCCCAUGCAGAGGAAGAUGUCCUUCAGUCACAGCAACAGAGAGACAGAAAAGGAGGAUGGCCAACCCGGGAGUGGUACUGCGGACAGCCGGGCCCGGUUGGACCGGGAGGACCGCGCCACACUCUCCGGUAUCCCAGUGCGGUCUGGGGGAGGGGGAGUGGUGGCAAGUGGGGCCAGCGAGAGCACAGGAGGCACAGGGAGGGGCCCGGAGCCGCGGGCCCUGGCCAAGUCCGGCCUCCCGCUGCCCUGCCAGACGUUCCCAGCUUGCCAUCGGAAUGGAGAGCUGGGCCGCCUUGGUCGUUCCUCCUCCACCUCCGGGGUGCGACACGGCAACAGUAACAUGCAACGCCAGGGCAGCCUGCCCCCCCGGGAGGGGCUGAGCCAGCUCCAGACCCAACUGCAGGCUGCACCACCCAGCACGCCCCCCCUUUCCCACCAACAGCAGCAGCUCCAGCUGCACCAGCAGCUCAGACUCCAGCUGCAGUACCAGCACCUGGCCCAGCUGGCGCAGUGCCAGCCUCCCACCACCGGGGGCAGCGGCACACCACCGACCCAGGGCCAAAGGGAUGGCAAGCUACUGGAGGUGAUAGAGAGGAAACGGUGCCUAUGUAAGGAGAUCAAGGCACAUCGGAGGCCUGACCGCAACCUGUGCAAGCAGGACAGUAUGCCCAUCCUACCCAGCUGGAGAAGGACACCGGAACCUCGCAAGACGGGCACCCCUCCCUGCCAACCCCCGGCCGUGCUGUGGGACACCUCCAUCUGAGGCGGGGUCGGGUCCGGGGUAGGGGGCAGGGCACAGAAGGGAGCCAAUGUGUGAAUGAAAGGAAUUGGGGUUCGGGGGGUGUGGUCAGGAGAAUGAGACACGAUUGGAUUGUGAGCACAUGACGAGGACGGGACCCUGGCACCCUGGGUGGGCUCAGUUUGUGGUCCUUAAGCGGAAAACCCUCCCUCCAGCUGGACUGACAGAAGAGAGGACUUGGGAACGAGGGAGAGGAGAAGGAAAAGGAGGGAUAUAAGGAGUAUGACCACAACACUGGUUUCCCGGUGCCAUGUGACGUAGGAGCUGGACAAGGAAAGUGGUGCAGUUCAGGUGCUGGGGUCACAGCGGAGCUUAUCAAGACGGAGAGACGGAUGGAGACAGAGAUGGACGGAGAGAAUCGCCAAGAGCAUCUCUUAGCCCGAGCCACCCGAGUUCACGCCAAGAAUCUGUACAAUCCUACCUUGUUUUUAAAACACUAUCUAUACUCUGUAUCUCCUGCUGCUAUAAAAGAUGGCGGAUUCAGCCGAAUGCCUGAAAAAGAGGAGGCGGGUCUCAAAGAGGGUCCAAAGAUAACGGAGGAGGACAUGCGAACGUGAAGAGGAAGCCAACAGUCUCGCCUUCACCCAUUCCAGGUUCAUCCAGCGCCGGCCGAUGGUGCAAGGAGUCACGUCCACUCUGCCACUCUGAGCAAGGGCUUGCAUCAGCUAACUUGUCACCGACAGCCAGUCACAGCUCAGUUCCCCAUCCGGUCACCCACAGCCAAUCACGGCUCAGUUCCCCAGCCCGUCAGCGACAGCCAAUCACGGCUCAGUUCCCCUUCCACGUUCUAGAAAGUCGCUGCUGCUCCAGCACGUGGAAGGAACUUAGACUCACAUCUUGAAUGCAGCCACCGGUCACCGACAAAGGAAACAAGUGCUUUUUGAACACACUUUGAAUUGAUUGUUUUGUACAAAAUUGCCAAAAGUCUCCAGUUAGCUUAAUCCUUAAGAUUAAAAUACCAAGCAUACUCAGAAAUUUCUUUUACUAGAAGAAGGUUGCUAUUCCUUUUUGUUUGGUUUGUGAAUGAUAUUUAAACUUAAGUGGGA